UUACAGGAGAAGUGCCUUAUCGACCAUCCUGUGCAGUGUGGGUCGCCAUUCUCGUUUCUGUUCUUCAUCUCAUACACGUGCAUCAUCACCUUUGUCGUGCUCAAUUUGGUCAUAGCAGUCAUCUUAGAAGGCUUUGAGGACUCCACCAAAUCGGAUGAAAAGGUAGCGAGUUCAAUUCCUAGCGUCGACAUUUUUAAGGAUUAUCAGAAUGUCGUGAACAAGUGUAUCGAUGUGUGGAAGCAAUUCGAUCCUCACUACGACAUGGAGCUGCCGAUUGACUCAGCGGUCCGGCCCACAGAGAUAGUUUUUAUGGAGACUGUGAAUUCUGAGCUGAUGCGCGACAACCCUGUACUGCGGAAGAAAAUGAUGAGGUUUCGUCUCGAACGUGGAGGAGGCACUCUGUACCGGUCGAUCCCACUGAAGCAAGCGGCGUUCAUUCGGAUGCAGAUAGACUCCAAGGGGAAGGUCCACUUCCUCAAUGCGGUAUCCUCAGCACUCCGUAUGAUAACGGUGCGAGAUGAUUCCUCUCUCAUGGAAGAAAUCGUAUCAUUGGAGACAGGGAAGCAUGUCUCUAGGGAAACACGGCGCAUUGCUAAAGUCCGCAGAACAGUGAUGUCCCAGGCUAAUGUGUUGGAUUUCCAAGGAUCCAUCGCAGUGAAGGAGGCCCCGCCGCGGAAGAAAUCAUUUCUAGGAGGUUUUCUCAAGGAGCUCAUGUCCCCUGAAGGCUCGGUGGAUGAGCCGCCGCAGCUGACUGGAUCAGGAACACAAGAGAGUCAGGAAGUGCAGUGCAAUGCAGAGCUGGUACAAUAUGUGGCCGCGGCAAGGAUACAGCAUGCAAUGAGACAAUAUCUGGAGGCUAAGCAUGAACGAGAUGAGGAUAGCUCUCAAGGAGACUCCACUCCGCACGAUGAGAAUAUCCCCGCUGCAGCUGGAUGA